AUGUUGGCCGCAUUUUUGACGCAAUCUUGUGCUGUUUCUAUAAAAGAAACCGGCAUUCCAGCUGGAACUAAUUCUGGUGCAGUGCCAGAGUUGUUAAAAGUGCCCAUUAGACGUAGAAAGAAGCCUAGAACAACGACCGUGACAGAAAUCAACACAUACAACAGCAAACUUAGUCGUCGAGCAUCAUCAUUCAAAGAGGCUCCAUUGUACAAUGCCUAUGGAAAAGAAUAUUUGAUAGAGAUUGGUAUUGGAACUCCACCACAAUAUUUUAAUAUCACACUCGAUACAGGAAGUGCUGAUGUAUGGGUUCCGUCUAUAUCGUGUCCCUCAUCCAUGUGCCCUUAUGCUCGAUUUCAAAAUCAAACAUCUUCCUCAUUCAAGCUGCUAGAUGAUACACUAUCGAUCGAAUACGGUGCAGGCAGUUGUACAGGCGCUUAUGCCAUGGAAACGGUUACAUUGGGUGCUGCUGACAGCAGCAGUAGUAGGAGUGAUAGUGAUAUCAUCACUGUUCCCAACUUUACUGUGGGGCUUGUCUCUAGGGCCGAUAAUAUGUUGACCGCUCCCUCCACGGCGUCAUCAGAACCGUCUAAUGGUAUUUUGGGGCUUGGCUACCCAGAUAUCAGUAUGAAGAAUGGUACCAAGCCCACUCAUUUUGUGAUGAGCCUGUAUCAAAAUAAGGUCAUUCAAAAGCCCAUCUUUUCCAUCUUUUUAAAUAAACAGUUGGCCUAUGGGUCGACUGGAGAGAUCAUAUUGGGUGGUGUAGACGAAAGCAAAUUUGUGGGAAGUUUGAAUUACGCGCCCGUCAUCAGCUAUGAUGUAUCGCAGUUUUAUGUGUCUGCUAAUAUCCUCGGUGCAAAGAAGAAGAGCAAUAUGACAACAUCAGGCCUGGAAAACCAAGAAAAUUAUUUGUAUUGGGCGAUACCCGGUCAAGGUGUAUCCACUUCAUCAGGAUAUAAUUAUGACACUUCUGCAGCAGCAGCAGCAGCAAAAAUGGAUGCUUACAUUUUAGAUACGGGGACGACGCUGACGUACGUUCCUGCUAAAGUCGCUGAAGCUAUCGUCAUGUCGAUCACAAAGAAUGCAAGCACAACGAAGCUUGACACUUUAGACAACAUUUAUCGAGUCAGCUGUCAACAACUAGCAAAAAAUCAUGAUGAUUAUGUCAGUUUUCAAUUUUCUACAUCUGCGUCAGCUGUUUCGACCACACCCAUUUCGAUUCAAAUACCUGUAUCAGAACUUGUGAUACCUUUGGAUGAUGACAUUACGGCUACUUCUGGAGAUGUUGAUGAUGCUGUUGCAUCGGCCAAGGCAUGUAUGUUUGGUAUUGCACCUGUUCCUACUGGCCUUGAUUUAACAGAAGGUGAAACUUGGAUUCUUGGUGAAUCAGUGUUGAGAUCAGUUUACACUGUUUUUGAUCUGCAACAAAAUAGGGUUGGCUUUGGAAAAUUGGUGUCAAAUGUUAACACUACCAACGACAAUGCCAGCAGUACGAGUACUACUGAUAUGAGUACAAUUUCUAAUGGUAGGAGCAGCCAUGGUAAUGCAGUGCCUAAAAGUGACACCAAUAAGAAUAGUGAUUUAUCAUCGAGAGUCGAAACGAGCCAAGCCUUUGUAUUCUAUCCAACGCAUCAGUUCCUAUUGGCACUGACUGCCAUCGCAUCACUCUUACCCUUAUUUACAUCGUUUUCUUGGCAAUACUGCCUCUUUUUUUCCAGUUAA